AUGGUAUACACGGGGCCGUCCAAGGGCUAUAAGCAGUGCGAUGAAGCGAAACCCGCAUGCGAGAAAUGCCAGAAGUCGGGCCGUCUAUGCCCUGGCUACAGGAAUCCAUCCACUAUCAGGAUCCGGGACAUGACAGCCACCACCAUAAAGCGAUUUGGGGAUAGUGGUGGAGAGAUUGGAGCUUCCCCAAUCAAUGUCAAUCGUGGUCAUGUUACCUUAGCAGCUCCGUUGCUACAUGAGUAUGGUACUACUUCUAUAGCAGUACGACAAGCUUGCAAGUCUCCCGAUACCGCCGGGCAUAUGCCUCGUGGCAGACGCACGACCAUAUCGCGCGGGCGGUUGAGAGCUCUUCAAACCCUCGACCCAGGGUAUCUAUGCGUCUUGAAACGAGUUAUUGACCAACAGAACGCUUGCCAGUGCCUCGCGACCAGCACUUCCACGUUGGCAUUGGCUGCCCUCUCUAGGCUCCCCAGCUACCGGAGAGUCACCAUGAAGGCCCGAGCAACAUAUGGAGCAGCAUUGAAAUCGAUUGACGCUACUCUUGGAAAGCCGAAUUCAGUGGUGGACGAUGAACUCCUUGCGUCGCUUUUUCUUCUGGCGCUCGUGGAGGUCCGUCCCAUCUUCCAGAGCAAGAAGUGUCGCAAUGGCUCACUACGUGUCAGAAACUUAUAUCAGAUAAUCUUACUGGAUUUUAUAGUCAUCUUUCUGGAGCCAUCAUGA